AAUACCGUUAUUGAGAAUCGACCAUUUUUGGUUGUGUAUCUUCGGGUUCGAAUCUACGUUGAUAAAGUGCAGUUGAUAAGAUGUCCGGUAACUCUGCAUCACUACUACCUCCAAUUACGAGAAAAUCUUCUGGAUCAGUGGUCCGGAUCGAAUUCGGUCUCCGAAGAACGAUGCUGGGAGAUGGCUGCUCUUGCGUUGCAAGCCGAUCAUGCUAGCGGUGAUCUGUGCAAUGAGCAGAAUUUCCGUGCCGAGCAGUAUUUUCCAUUAUGGGUGAUCAAUUUACGGGGUUUGGAUUUUGUUCGACGAAAUAUGCCCGCAAUGCGUCGAGACUUGAGGCAGUGCUCUCGAGUUGAUGCAACCCUUGAAUAUUGUCACGAAGCGUCCAGGAGUCCAUUCGCGUUGAAUUGCCAUUUGUAUGGACUGAGACGACAUAAGAUGGAUACCAUAGAUAAUGCAAUUAUAGGAAUAACACCGCGAGGAAUUGAUAUGUCUGAUGUGGGUAACGAUGGUGAGCGUAUACCGUUGCGGAGUUGUCGAUGGGAUCAGAUGACAAAGUUGUGCUUCGAUAAACGCAAACUGAGUAUAACCGGAGUGGAUGGUGCUUGCGUAUCAUUGUAUGCACAGUCCGAUCAGAAAGCGCGAUAUUUGCUGGAAUUCUGUAAAGCGUUGCAUCAGGCGCAGAUUGCAUUCAAUCGACAUUAUUUGAUGAAUCCUUAUGCAUAUCGCCCCGAUGUCACAUCACCGUUCUCGUGCGGUGAUGAACGAAGUGUCGAUGGUCCAAUUUGCUCUAGGCGCUCAUUACUGUCGCAUACAUCCAGCAACAGCACAUCUGGAGUAGUUUCGGAUAAACCGUAUAGUGAUGCGGAUAAAGAAGGCGAAUGCUCGGGUGCCUCACGAGUCGCAUCCGAAUGUUCCUACGAGGAGAGUUCCAUACGAACGCAGUCGCUGAGCGAUGUGGUUGCUGAGAUCGAACGGCGAUCUGCGUCGUUGAUGAGUGCAAAUACGAGUGAUGACGAUUCAUCGACUGAAAUCGAAACGAAACCAACGAAGUCAAUCAACGACACUACUCAACGAGACCAACACCAUCACCAACAACAACGACCACAACAGCAGCAAAUCGGCACUUCCCUGCCGUCGUCGUCUUCUCAGCACAACACGAUGUCCGUUUGCAGAACAGAAUUUCUCUCAUUCAGUCGUUUUUGUCCGAAUUUUUUUGUAACUGGUAUUGUACUUGCGAUAAACUCUGAUAGAAGCAACUUCCUCUUGAAAACGAGUGUUGAAUCAGCGCAAACUGUCCAAUCUGUCAAACGAGCUGAUCAGUUCUCGUCGUCGUCAGCCACCGUACGUGAGACAAUAGAUCAACAUCAACCCACUGAAGCCGAAUCCAGAAAGCCUUCAAUCGGUACGCAUUCGCUGGCUCGUCAGUCGGCAUCUUCGGCGGAUUCUGGAGAGAUUACGACGUCUCGAAUCGAGAAACGUCCAUCCACAGAUUCAGAUUCCAGCAGCGCUCCGCCUGCACUUCCGCAGUCUUUACCACCACCGUUGUUCCCAUCUGCCACUACUCUACAGUACAGUGCGCCGGUAUUGCUCAAACUUCCAACUAAUCGACCGUGGAAAAUUGCUAGCUACUUUCCAGUUCUUCCAGUCGGAACGUCCGAAACGGACGCACCCGUAGCGAAUGCUCAAAGUGUUGGAUGUUCAAAGACGAGAUCAAAUAGCCGAGAUACAUCCGAUGUUGCGUUGUCGAAUUUACUACUGGCGAACAAUAGGCUGGGAAUCCGUCAACCACCACACUACAACGAAGCGAUAUCGAUCACGUCGAAACGAACGAGCACGGCCACCAUCAACGAUGAAUACCAUUCAGCGCAGCAUCGACCGAAUGUGAAUCCGAAUCAAAAACCACGAUGGACAACUGUAACUGGUACCGGAAUUGCGUGUGCAGCAGAUUGCAUCACGUCGAGAUGCGCAAACGACGGCUCGAUCAGUAAUGAUAUCCUCUCAACGUGUUCACCACCUCUGCAACAUUCAGAUGCACAUUUGGCUCGAUCAGAGCCGAAACUUGAUCAGAAGGUGAUUCAGUUGAUCACAAUGGUUUCAUUCCUUUUCUCCCCUAUUUUGUCAUAUGAGUUGUCUGUUUGUAUGCAUGAGCCUCUUUUAGCUUACAAACCGAUUUUCAAGAUUUGGUCGAGGCCAGUAUCGCCGUUAGUAUCGAUGUCGCCAUCAAGUAUGGCACCGGUGAUAGUGGCAUCAGCACGACCGACUCCGUCGAAUACGCCACCAUUUCCGGGCGGCACUCCCAUUGGGGCUGGUCUCUUCCAGAAGCAGUCUCGAUCUGCGUUCAGAGUUGCAUCUCAAAUGCACAACAAUGCGCGUGGUAUAAAUCGAGUACAAAGCAUGCCAGCUCAUAAUCCACAUCAUUUCCUGCAAAGCAGUGGUGAAUCCGAAGUGUCUCCGUCAAGUGCAGCCGCAUUGCAUCAUGCGCAUUCGUUAGCUGCUCGUCCAGUGGCGCUCGAAACCAAACAGCCUCCAUCUUAUGAACAUGCCAUUUUGCAGGCUCGUGCAAGGUGUGCGCAUCGAGUGAGUGCUCCGAACAGUGUGAACAGUUGUAGAUCGGUGUGUGAACAUGAGCUGUUGAAUGAACGACACUCAUACACCAUGGAUAGCAACGAUAACGUUGAAGAUUUGUCACUGAACAGUCGUAUCGGACAAUUUCCAAUGAUGCGUGCUCUAUGGCAAGAGCAGCAGAAAGACAUUGCCUCAGGUGUGGCGACUAACUCGUCGCUGUCCGUGACAACAACGAACACCAGCGCUCAAACGCCACUGACCGCUUCAUCGGGAUCCAGCGGACUGGAUCGGCUGAGUUUCAGCGGUUGUACAGGUGAUGCGUGUUCAUCGAUGUCAUCGGUGUGCAAUGUGGAUCUGCUCGAUUCGUUGUUCACACCGCAUCUGCGCAGACCAUCAUCGUGUCAAGACCUCUCCUCACCGCUCAUCAUAACACCACCACAUUCCGCACCAAUGCAUCCCACAACCACCUCCUACAUCAACAAUAAUCCAUCGUCAGCAAGCCAGCAGCUCAUUCAACCGUCCACCCUCUAUGGCUACGGUUAUUUUCCAACGUCGGCUGCUGCCUCGACGUAUGGCAUAAGAACAACGCAAAUUCCACCACCACCCAUCUAUCGUGGUGAAUAUUAUUUCGAUCAUUCACCACUCUACAGGCACUAUGUACCACUUCAAAACGCUACAGCGAUCACACAAAAUAGGUAUGUAAUCCCAACAUAUUGCAUUUCAUUCGCUUGCAUUUCACCACUCUCUGUCUUACAUCUUUUUCAUGCUUUCACUUACUUGAUUCUUUCCCCAAUUUGUCUGUCUUGUUGGACUCCAUCGCAAUCGGUAUUGGAUUUGCCACCGCCUCCACCCUAUCCUCCGCCACGCACUUCACCGUCACCUCGUGAAGCGCCGAUGGUUAUGUGA